UCGCUGGCCGGGCCUCUGCGGCCCGGAGGCCGGCCUGAAGCUGGCGACUCUGGCUCCGCUCACAGUGCCGACUCGCACCGCCCGGGCCGCACAUCGCACGGCGCCGCUCACCGCCACACGACACACGCCGCAAUGACGACGUCCACGACGAGGAGGAUGCUGCUCGUCGCCGUCGCCGCCCUGGCCCUCGUCGCCCACGGCGUCGUCGCCCAAGGAGCCGAAAACGACGGCUUCUCGAUCCCCGCCGACGACCCCCCGGCCCCGGCCGCCGACGUGCCCUCGCUGGGGGAGCGCGGGCGCGCGUGGGACGCCCACCGCCACGGCGGCGGCGCCCACCCCCGUCAGCUCAGCGCCAGGACGGGCGAGGCGUGCCAGACGCCGGACGACAAGUCGGGGGCGUGCAUCCCCGUGACGCACUGCCCGCCGCUGGUGGCGCUGCUCAGGAACAAGCCCGUGUCCAACGAGAACGUGGCCUUUCUCCGCAACAGCCAGUGCGGCUUCCAGGCCAACAUCCCGCUGGUGUGCUGCCCCAAGACGGUGGACCGCGUGCCCAACCGGCCGCACCCGCCCCGGCCGCAGCCCCAGCCGCGGCCCACGCCGCCCGCGCCGCGCCCGCCGACGAGGCCGACCGACGGCGUCUCCCACCGCAACAUGCACCUGCUGCCGACGGGUGACUGCGGCAUCCAGACCAGCGAGAGGAUCUUCGGCGGCAACGAGACGGACCUCGGAGAGUUCCCUUGGAUGGCGCUGCUGCAGUACAGGAACCCUCGAGGCUCCCUCGGCUUCUACUGCGGCGGAGUGCUUAUCAGCAAGAGAUACGUCCUGACCGCGGCCCACUGUGUCGCCGACGACUCCGUCAAACUCGUGAGCGUGCGUCUCGGCGAGCACGACACCAAGACCUCUCCCGACUGCAAAACGGACAUCCUGAGCGAAAAUCAGAACCAAAUCUGUGCCGCCCGCGCCGUCGACGUCCCCGUCGAGCGGGACAUCGCGUACCCCGAGUACAAUAAGCGGGACCCCAACCACUACAACGACAUCGCGCUGCUCCGCCUGUCCAGGGACGUGGAGUUUACCGAGUGGAUCCAGCCAAUCUGCGUACCUGUGUCGAAUGAGCAGAAGACCAAGUCGUACGUUGGGAAGAAGCUGUGGGUUGCCGGCUGGGGCAAGACUGAAACUCGGUCCGAGAGCGACGUGAAGCUCAAGCUGGCCGUGCCCGUGGUGUCGCGGGCGGACUGCUCCUCCGUGUACAGCCAGGCCUCGGUGGACCUCAACGACAAGUCCCAGCUGUGCGCGGGCGGCGAGAAGGGCCAGGACUCGUGCAACGGCGACAGCGGCGGCCCGCUCAUGAGCGUGGAGGUCGUGAACGACGGCGACUUCCCCAAGACGGUGUGGCACGUCAGCGGCAUCGUGGCCUUCGGGCCGGUCAAGUGCGGCAUGCAGGGGUGGCCGGGCGUCUAUACGCGCGUCACCCACUUCGUGCCCUGGAUCCUGGACACAAUCCACGCCUGAGGCUGGCGCUUCUGCUGACGGUGACCUCCGGCGGGCCGGGGCCCUGGCCUUGGCCGUGGACCUGCCCACCGUCACGUGACCCCGGUGAUGGCGGCGGCAACGCCGCAAACUGUACGGCUGUGAUCUGAAACACUAGCGGAGGAACGGACUGGCAACCUCGGCCCAAGAAGCUCGCCGGCCGGGCAGGCCGGUAGUUGGAACAGGUUCUUACAAAUAAUAACUCGCCGUCCGUUGCAUCUUUUUAGCGAAGUUCCGCCGGGCCCUGAACUUGCAAACGCAAAAAGUGGAUUUAUUCCGCGUGUGCCAUUUUGUAGAAAAUGCGCGGCGAACGGGCCACGUAGUAUUAUAAAAAAAUCUCCCUCUUUUAA